AUGUCUCUUGUUACUGACCAUCCCACUUUCCAAAAGUUUUUACGGUACUUCAAUUCCAACUAUAGACGAGAAAAGGUGUUUCGUUUAUUGGCCUACUUGUCACGUUUCCUUGGUUACUAUGCUCAAAGAAAGGGAUUCUCUGUUGAGACCAUACGCAUGUUUUCUGCGUUACAAGGACAUUUUGGUAUGAUCCGUAAAGGUAUGCGUUUCUGGAAGCCUUUGAACCAUCUUGAUUUGGCCGUUAAGGCUUCCCUGAAUAAGGUAAUGGACCCUGUAUUGCAAUACACUACCGUUUGGAGAAACUUAUUCUAUGCUGGGUUCUUUGCAUUUGAUUCCAUCGUUUGGUUCAAAAUGUUGGGUGUUGUAUCUAAGACCAGUUUCCCCACAGCCGGUAAAAGAGCUUCUCAAUUAUGGGCUCUUGGGUUGGUUGCUGGGUUACUAAACGGGUUACGUGGAUUACAAGUAAACUGUGCCAAAUUAUCAGCUGCUGAAGAAAAAACAGAUGUAGAACAAUUAGAGGAGAAAUUAUAUCAAACCAAACGGAAAUUGGUAUGGGAUGCUUUAGAUCUCUUUAUUGCUUUGAAUUUGGUUGGUAAAUUACACUUUACUGAUGGUGAUAUUGGUUUAGCAGGUAUAAUCACUUCCAUUAUGGGAUUAAAAGAUUUAUGGGCUACCACUUAG